AUGAAGGGCGUAUCCAAGUCUUCUGGACAACGCUCAAUUAGUCGUCUGGUCUCAUUGUUUUGUUUGUGGAAGGGAAUUCUCCUCACACUUGCAGCCUUCUGUCCAGGCCCUGGGUACGACACAUCCGGGCUUAUACUGCUGGAUGCAAGCGUGCAGCGUCACGGCCAUUUCAAUGUCUCUACACGCUUUGAGCGAUUCGUGCUCAAUCUGGUCCGAUGGGACGCUUUGUACUUUGUAAAGUCAGCUGAGCGUGGGCUGAUCCAUGAACAAGCAUGGGCGUUCAGCGGGGUGUACUCGCGUCUCCUCAGCAUAGUAACGGCAGUCGUGGGUGGGAGCGCAACGCCUCCGCUUCACUAUUACGUGCUGGCUGGCAUUAUUGUUUCCAACGCUUGCCACCUCAUCUCUGUGCUAGUGCUGCAUCGUCUCCUGACCCUGGUUCUGGAACCGCAUCGACAAAAGACGAUCCCCUUUGUGGCGGCCGUUCUGCAUGUCUUGACACCUGCAUCUCUGUUCAUGUGUGCGCCAUAUGCAGAGGCCGUGUUCUCUCUCCUGAACUUUACGGGUAUGCUUCUAUACGCCCAAUCCAGGAUCAUAGCUAGAAGCACAACCUUUUCGAUUCAAGAGGACAUCCAAAAAGUCGGCGCUGGUCUCUUUUUCGCCGUUGCAACUCUUAUGAGGAGCAAUGGCUUGCUCAGUGGCACUAUACUAUUAUACGAUGUCGUGAGAUAUCUUUUUGCCCUCAUGACUAACCAACGGAGCAUUCAUGACGUAAGAAGGAUCCUUAUUACUUGUAUUUCGGGUGGCAUGAUAGCCAUUGCCUUUAUCGGGCCGCAGUAUCUUGCAUACACAGAGUUCUGCAAUGGAGAGAGUGGCGCUGAAAUCCGACCAUGGUGCGAGAAACGCCUCCCAAGCAUCUACUCAUGGGUACAAAGCUAUUACUGGAAUGUGGGUCUUUUCCGGUACUGGACAGUAUCGAAUUUGCCCCUGUUUGCACUAGCAGCACCGAUGCUAUGGCUUCUGUUUACCUCUAGUGUUACCCUUCUCCGCAGCUGCGCCGGAGACCUGUUGCAUAAAACCCGUGUUCAUAGAACCAGCGUUACCCAGGAUGCAGGUUCUGCCAUAUGCAAGCUACCUGAAUUGGCACUCCCACAAUUAUUCCUGGCUGUCUCGGCUGUCACAACUUUUCAUGUUCAGAUUGUCAAUCGCAUUGCCUCGGGCUAUCCUGUUUGGUACCUGAUGAUUGCAACAUGGUUGGUAGACUCGCCGGGAUUGUCUUCCACGAAGAGCCGUUCGUCGACGGCGCAAUGGUUAGUUCGCGGUAUGAUUGUUUACUCACUAGUUCAGGGCAUGCUUUAUGCGAACUUUCUCCCGCCAGCUUAG